AAACCCCAUUAUCUCUGCUUGCUGCAGUCCUUAGUGUACCACCAUCUGGCCCACAGCUGAAAACUAUUAAGAUCCGCUGGAACUUCCCCUUCACUAUUCUUCCCCACUUUCAAGGUGGGAUAUUGGCUGAUUCUCAGGAGGCACCUCAGAGACACACAUUUUCCACUAUGAACCGAGCCUUCAACAGGAAAAAAGAUAAAUCAUGGAUGCACACCCCAGAUGCACUGGCCAAGCAUUACAUAGCCUACAAUGCCAAGUUCCUUGGAAACACAGAGGUCGAAGCCCCGAAAGGCACAGAAGUUGUGAAGGAUGCAGUCAGAAAGCUGAAGUUUCAGAGGCAUAUCAAGAAAUCAGAGGGGCAGAAGAUCCCCAAAGUGGAAUUACAGAUCUCCAUUUAUGGUGUGAAAAUACUAGAUCCCAAGACAAAAGACGUGCAGCAUAACUGUCAGUUACAUAGGAUAUCCUUCUGUGCAGAUGACAAAACCGAUAAAAGGAUAUUUACUUUUAUUUGCAAAGACUCUGAGUCCAACAAACACCUCUGCUAUGUGUUUGACAGUGAAAAGUGUGCAGAAGAGAUAACUCUAACUAUCGGCCAGGCCUUUGACUUGGCCUACAAAAAGUUCCUGGAGUCUGGAGGCAAAGACGUGGAAACUAGGAAACAGAUUGGAAGCCUACAGAAAAGAAUUCAAGAACUGGAAGCAGAAAACUCAGAGUUAAAGAAACAGCUUCAAGACCUUGAAGAGCAGCUGAUGAUGGCUCAUGUGCCCCCACCGUUGCACAUAAAUGCAGCUAAUGAAGCGUACAUGCUGCAGAGGCCCUCCUCUCUCUUCUGGUGCCACAGCAUGAAGUCACUCUCCUGUCUGGAAAUCUCCUCUGUUACGCUCACUCCUAUGAGCUCACCGGAGUCCAACUUGUCUACCGGGCUACUAACUCCUCCACCUGCCAAACCUGCUCUGCUUCCUCCUAAGCCUCCCGAGGGAUGCAGCAUCCCACGGCCUCGUGCGGGGAGUAUCUCCAUGAAACCACAGUCCACAGACAUUUUUGACAUGGUUCCCUUUUCCCCUGUGACACCACUGGUGCCCACACUGGCCAGCAACGGCUGCCCACCACCACCACCGACCACACUGCCACCAGAUGAUAUAAGUGAGUGA